AUGCCUUUUUCUCUCCGGACAACCCUCUUAAAUCCAAAGGUGGUUUAUGAAAGCUGGUUUCGCGAGUUGCUGAAGAAUUUGGUAGGUUAUCUGUAUUUUUUGGUAAAUUCACGAAGUGCAAAUGAAGGAGCGAGUCAAAAUCGAGAAUGUGGUUGGUCUGAUUGUCUUUGUUUUUUGCAGACAUGGAUAUACAUUGGCAUAACCGAAGCACUGUGCCCGCUGGUCUCUGCUGAUUCAAAUCCACUGUUUGCGUUGAUGUGGAGUCAGAAUUUUGCAGCUCUGGCAGCGGCCGGAGGAGGCGCCAACCCCGCUCCGGGCAGCUCGUUCAUGCAGCCUGUAAGAUUCCAUUUUUUUUUUUGUUAG